GCCGAUGAAAGGGGAUAUAUUUGGUAACAAAGUGGAUGACAUGGUAGGAAUCUCUUUCAAAUGCCAGAAAUCAGAUUUUCACACAUCUCUGGAAAAGUACAGAAACAUUUCAUCAUUGCACAUAUCAACUAUUGGAUUUGCUAACAUCUCAAAUUGGAAGAGCUGCAACGCCCGCAAUGACCAAAUCUGUCAGGGAGGCACCUCCUUCAUAACUAUUGUGAUUCACGACAAAGCUAUAGUGAACUCCUUGUGUGGACAGUUGAGUUCGAAAAGUCGAAACUUUGGUGUUUAUAUUUCAGUGUCAAACGAUAACAGAAUCAAGGACAUCCUGGAUUUUGGCUUAUUGGCCCCUACCGCUGAUGAAUGCAUGUGGUGUAUUAGGAUACUUAACAACAAUCCCGUAAGCGCUUCAGUUGAUUCAUGUAUAGCUCCUUUCCGAAUAUCCCCAGUAUAUCCAUCGGCUCGGGAUUUUGAGUUUUUGAUAUCCAAAAGACAGCCAGUAAUUGCUUCCCCUCUUGUGAUCAAUGAUUCAUACAGCCAGUUGCUAGAAUCCGCAAGCAUGUGUGCUGCUGAUUUGCUUGACAUCACUCAGUUGGAUAUAGGAGUAAGACCUAUAGACAGCAGCAAUUUGACGUUAUCUUCAACUUCUCCAGAAAAAGUUUUAAAAACCAUAGACCCACUCCAAUUUUUAACUGAUAAGUACUUCACAACUUUAUACAGUGCUUCCACUAUGCUUGAGCAUUUUGUGAAGUCUUCAAUACCUAAAAUGAAUUUGUUGAGGCGUGAUAACCUGAAGUUGGCUAAAGAUUGUCUCUCUAGAUUACUAAUUGAAACACUCUCAGAUUUUGACAGAAGAUAUGAUGUUCAAAAUGAACAUCAAGGUAUUUUGAAGCUAGAUAACUUCCAAAAGGUUUGGCUUUCUGAUGAAAAACUAUUAGAUGAAAUGGAGAGAAGUUUUAGACUGGAUCACCUGAAGCAGCAAAACUUUACCCAAAAUAUGGAUUUGGAUAAAUUGAAUGAAUUUAUGGAUAAAAUGAAACUUAAAGAUUUGAAGCUACAAAUCUUAUUAGAUCUGGAGCUAUUAAGGAUACUAAAGUAUGAGAAUGAGUCAGAAAAAAAAGAAGUUCAGGAAAAUGAUGAGAAAACUGUAGUCGAGUCAAGGAAAGAAAAACGACCUUCUCUGGUUUCAAAACGCUAUUCUGGUAGUCUGGUCGGAAAGAAAAAAAGGCUUAUUCCUACUUUGUUAGGCACGGUUAUUCCAACCAGUAUGGAUUUUGACGUUGAUUUCAGAUUUGCUCCAGAAGAAGAUAAGAAAAGGUACCUAACAAUUGAUGCAGUAGAGAAAUUAGUAAAAAUCUUUUUCGACAAACUAUGUGUUUAUGAUGCAAUUAUGGGAUUGGAUUAUAAAGAUCUGAACUCUUCCUGGGGAUUUCUGUCAAACUGUGUUAUUCCCUUUUAUGGUAAAGAUCAUCGGCAGUUAUUAAAGCUUUUGGCAAUCAAAUCAAGAGGACCAGCGUUUACUCUGAAGAUUAAAUCUAGAAGAGAACAGAAGCAACGCCAAGAGAGACGGAAAGAAAAAUUGGAAAAAGCUAAAGAUGCAAGCUAUAAAACUGUAAAUACAGAAAGAAAGACCUCCAGUAUUGAUCUUUCAAAAAUAAGGUUGAAACGUUCACACUCGAGUUUCAAUAAUUCUAAAGCAGAUCUCUCACGAAAAACUAUUAGUAUGGUGAACUCUACCUCAAUGGUGUCCUCGGCGGGAGAUUUAGGUCCUUCAAACGAUUUACUUCAUCCCCCAGAUUUAGCCUACUCGGCUGAUACGAAAUUUCCUGUGGAAAUUAAAGGAUUCAUGAAAAGCAAAAAACGAAAACUCCAAGCUCCUAAAAGGAAGCCCCCAAAACUACAGUCUGACAAAUCUGAUUUCUCGGUGAAAACCGAAACAAACGCUGUGAAUAAAUUGGAUAUUCAUGAAGUACAAGAGGAAAUGUUUCGUCGUAAUCAAGUUAUUGAAGCGACUCCAAGAAAGAACACUUCUGCCUCGUUGGAUUAUUUGACCGGAGACUUAGUUUCUAUUAUCUCCCCUUACCAAGAAAAAUCAAGUAGAAAGCAAGACAUAGAUCCAACAACAACACAGAUAACGGAAACGCCUGCUUUUGAAAGGGUUCAGAUUCGCCCAGGAGUUUUUGAGAUUGGCUCUUCGCCGUUAAAAUCAAGUGACUCUCCUCACAUAAAAAGUAGCAAAGUAAACGAGCAAUGGACGGGAAAAGGACAACAAAUAUAUCCUUCCACCACAAAGCUUUCAGUCUCUACUUCAACAGCACAUUCUAAGAAGACUACAAAGAGGAAACUUGACUUUAGUUAAAUUCAUUCAAAGUUACAUGUUCGAUUACUAUACAGUUUUAUCUUUUUAUUUCCAU